AUGGCUACCGUCACGGCCGUUACGACGACCGCCACCGGCACGGUCGGCGCGAUCGAGACGACGACGGAGACGACUACGAUCGAGACGACGAUGACGGCGACGACUACUCGUACUAGUGCGAUCGAGAUAGAGCGUCCCACUCUUCGGCGAGAGGAGUUUGAGGGCGACUUAGUGCCCAUGCCACAGGAUCACCAGGAGAAGGAGGCGGCGCGGCACGCCGACGAGCUGCUGGCGGAGGUCGAGGCGGAGAAGCGCGCCAAGGGCAAGAAGGGCAAGAAGAAGAAGAAGGGCGGAGGGGCGGGCGGGGCUGGGCCGUCGCAGGAGACGGAGGAGGGUGCCGAGGCGCCGUCGGAGGCAGCCACAGCCGAGGCUGCGAAGAAGGCCGAGGAGGAGAGAAUGAUCAGGCUUCUCGAGAAGUGUCACGAGGAGAGGAUCCGGCUCGGCAUCACGGCGGAGAGCCAGGCGGCGGCGUCGGCAGAGGUGGCUAAGGCGGCGCGCUUGGACGCUGAGGCGGACGAGGCGGAGGAGGAGGCGGAGGCGGACAAGGAGGAGGAGGAGGCGGCCGUGGCGGCGCUGGCGGCUGCCGAGGUGGCGCGUGCGGAGGCCAGGGCGGCGCGUGCGGAGGCCAGGGCGGCGCUGCGCCGGGCCGAUUUGGCGCUCGAGGGGAGCGAGACCGCGCUCGAGGAGGCGGCUGCUGCUGCAGAGGCGAGGGGUGCCGCUGCGGCCGCUUCGAUGGCCAGGGCAGUUGCAGCCAGGAUGGCGGCGGAUGCGGCCCAGGAGCGCCCCUGA